CUUCGUUUUGCCAACACAACCCAAUGUCCUAUUACUAUUCAACUGGAUCUGUCGCCGUGAUACUAUUUUUACGAAGAGAAAUCCGGCUUUGAUAGCUCCAACCUUUGUGGUUUUUCAUCUGUCAUUUAGAAGUCCUAGGUUAGGUCAAAGCCGAUAAGGGAGCGGAAAUCGUCGAGAGAUAUCGGUCAACACGCACGCACGUGAACUGGCCUCGGGUUGGAUUCUGGGACGGAUUCCCCCCCGACCGAGACAUGUUUGAAAACAAUAGCACCUACGAGCUCUAGGAACAUACGUAAAACUUUCUCAUAAGCUGUGCGGCAGCUGUUUGCCUUGUGAACACGAAAAAAACAUCCAUACGGACAGUUCUGACCGAGAUAUCACCAACGGUUCUCGCUGUAGCCGUGUCGGUCUGAAAUUACAAAGUUAGUGACAUUGAAACAUGGAAGAUCAUAACGUUCAAGGGACAGAUUUCGAUGGAGAAAGUAGUUCUACCGCCAACAGGCCAGACGUUGGUGGAGGCUGUAGGAGACGAAAAGCCAAACCUAAAGCAGCGACCAGCAGGAAGGAAAGGAGGCGCACGCAAAACAUCAAUGCUGCAUUUGAUGAUUUGAGGAAGCACAUUCCUAAUGUUCCAUCUGACACUAAGCUAUCUAAGAUCAAAACACUGAAAUUGGCUAUGAGUUAUAUUCAUCAUUUGGAAAAUCAACUCGAAGACGAAGCCCAGGGCCAGGAAAUCGUUACGCCUGCUGAGGAAUCCCGCCGCAAAACAGACAACAACGAAACCGAUAGCAAUGAUAGCAGUAGCUUUGAUCAAGUGGAUUCGCCAAAGAGUAGUGACGAAAAACAGAGAUGUUCUGCUCCGCCACGUCGCAGCUCAAGAACUGGAUGGCCACAACAUGUCUGGGCAUUGGAAUUGAUGGGGAACCUCAAACAACAAUCUGUAGCGUAACAAUAAACCACAUUUGGCCUUCCUUCCUGAACGAAAUCUCAAUAACAUGUUCCAAAAGGUGUCUAUCCAGCUCUUGAAAAUCAGUUGCAGAGAUUAUUUGCUCAACUCAUGAUGAUUGCGAACACGCGGUGGAAGAAGAAUUUCAGUGAAUUUCAUUUGAAGAGCUUUCUUCUGUUCCUGCGUUAUUGUAUUGGGGACAAUAGCUGUAGCACAGCGAGAGGGCUACAGCAUCUGGGAAGAUUAGAGACAUCGGUGUUGUCAUCUAAGGUAGCAAAUAAAACAAUAUUGCAAAUUAUUCAAGAAUCGUUAUCUAUAAAAGGAACUGUUAAGUCCAGAGGCAGCGUAGCAACAGCAGUUCAUGAAGGUGGAUUUGAUCGUGGGUUUCAACUUAUGACUCCUCGACCGUUCUUUAGAAUGCCUGUGCAAGUAAUUCGGGAGGGUGAUUCUCAUCAAUGAGAAUCGGUUGUGUAAUGAUUAAGAUUUUACGCCAAGCCGUUGUCUAGUAUGCAUAUUUAAAACUCAUCACCAGUCAUUCCCCAUAGGUGAUAGAACGCAGAGUGACUGGAACUGUAGAAAGAGUUGGCAACUGUUUCAUAUCUGAUUUAGGUGGCCAUGAUUGUUGCAGGGAGUCUUCCCAAAUGAUUUACAUCUAGCACGCAUCAGUUAAUUUACUUGUAAACUAGUUGUCUCAAAUACAAGUAGACAGUGAAAUAAAGGCAUAUUAUAUUCA